UCAGAGAAGCGAGCACGUGGAGGAGGUGGAGGGUUUUGUUUUCGGAUUAAGACAGCCUCUCUUGGAGUGGUUCCCAGGCGAGUCGGUGCAAGCAGCAGACGGACUAGGGCAAGCUUGGUUUUGGAAAGCAACCACCUCUGCCAGGGUGCCCCGCCGACACUGACCCAUCUCCUCCCAAAAUUCACCCAGGGGACACACACAGACCCAGGAGGAAAACUGCCUUUUCAUUACUUCAGCUUCUCAUGACAGAGCAGGGAAAGAGAGACGAUAUAGACGGGUACAGAUAAAGACAACCAGCUGAGAGAGAAACGUUCAGUUUGUCCAAGGCCGUCUUAUUUAAUGUGCACAAUCAGGAUUACCUACCUUCUGACCAAUAAUGUUCUAACAAUAGUUAGUAACACGUCUUAACUUGAGUAUUUAAAAGAUGACUUUAAACUUUAUUGGCCUGGGAUUUAGGCCUAAUUGUAUAUUAGCGCGUUGUAUUCCAAUCCAUAUUUAACCUGUCUGGCGGUACAGGACAGCAGCGGUGUGGUAGCUCUUGUGAAAUGCUGCAGGAGUCAUUGGCCCUUCUGUCCUCAUAUCACCUACCUCGCAGUCUCUCCAUCUAUGUCUAAUGGAUGAAAUAUCGUUCUAUUUGUUUCGAUGUGAGACGCCCACAACCAAAUAAGACCGUCCCUGCGCAGAGCCAGCCAAUCCUCUUCCCAAGCCGUGGGUAGCACGAGCUCCUCCUCAAAAGACUUGGACUUUUAGUUCCAUAAUAGAAAUCCAAAUAGCUACUUCUUCUCAGUCCAUUUUCGUGGUGGAUUGACGAAUCUGAAUAUGCGUUCGUUAACCUAGGAAAUGUGAGCCUAUCAUUUUCGUGCAAGAAGAAGAGACAUAAGCAACAAAAUCACUGCAUAAACACAAUGGCACUCCAGAAUAAAAUCAUUCACCUGAGCUGCAGGUGUCUUUUUGGAGAAGUGCUCAACAGACAGUUCGCUAGUAAUUCACGCGUGCUGUACAAAUCUGCGAGUAGCGAGUCGCUGCGGAUCACCGCAGUCGGAGAUGAAACUCCACGGGAGAGUUUGGUCGGUAAAGAGACCCGGAUCAAGACCUUGAAGGAGAUGCCGGGACCCAGCGCAGUCGGUAACUUGAUAGAAUUCUUUUGGCGGGACGGUUUCAGCAGAAUCCAUGAAAUACAGAUGGAGCACUCACAGAAGUACGGGAAGAUCUUUAAGUCUCGUUUUGGCCCCCAGCUGGUGGUGUCCAUUGCAGGGCGGGAUUUGGUGGCUGAGGUGCUGAGGUCAGAGGGCGUGGCCCCACAGAGAGGCAACAUGGAGUCCUGGCAGGAGUAUCGAAACCUGAGAGGCCGAUCCACCGGGCUUAUUUCAGCGGAGGGGGAGGACUGGCUGAAGAUGCGUAGCGUCCUUCGUCAGCUGAUCAUGAGACCCAAGGACGUGGCGCAGUUCUCAGAUGAAGUCAACUCAGUGGUGGUUGACCUGAUGAAGAGAGUGGACACGCUACGGAGCCAGCAGCCGGAUGGACUGACCGUAGUCAACGUCAACGACCUGUUCUUUAAAUACGCAAUGGAGGGUAUGGCUGCCAUUUUGUAUGAGGACCGUCUUGGCUGCUUGGAGAAUGAGAUUCCUCAGAAGAGUCAGGAUUACAUUGCAGCUCUACACCUGAUGUUCAGUUCCUUUAAGAUGACCAUGUACGCUGGAGCCAUCCCCAAGUGGCUCAGACCCAUCAUCCCCAGGCCAUGGGAAGAGUUCUGCAGCUCCUGGGAUGGGCUCUUCAGUUUCAGCCAAAUCCAUGUGGAUAAGCGUUUGGAGGAGAUCAAGGAGCAGAUGUCCAGGGGAGAGGAGGUGAAGGGAGGGCUGCUGACUCACAUGCUGGUGACCCGUGAGAUGAACCUGGAGGAGAUCUACGCCAACAUGACGGAGAUGCUGUUGGCAGGAGUCGACACGACAUCCUUCACCCUGUCGUGGGCCACCUACCUUCUGGCCCGAAACCCAGAGGUCCAACAGCAGAUCUACGAGGAGAUCACAAGGACUCUGGGUCAUGGGACCAUUCCCAGUGCGGACGAUGUCCCUCGCCUCCCACUUAUCAGGGGCCUGGUGAAGGAGACACUGAGGCUGUUUCCGGUUCUUCCUGGUAAUGGUCGUGUCACCCAGGACGACUUGGUGAUUGGCGGUUACUUUAUCCCCAAAGGGACCCAGCUGGCUCUGUGCCACUACUCAACCUCCAUGGAAGAAGAGAACUUCCCCGGGGCAGAGGAGUUCCAUCCGGAACGCUGGAUCAGGAAGGACGCUACAGACCGUGUGGAUAACUUCGGCUCCAUCCCGUUCGGCUACGGCAUCAGGAGCUGCAUCGGACGGAGGAUAGCUGAACUGGAGAUGCACCUCGCUCUAACGCAGCUGAUACAGAGGUACCGGAUUGGGGUGUGUCCACUCACGGAUGAAGUCAAAGCCAAAACCCACGGCCUCCUCUGUCCUGCUGCGCCUAUAAAUCUCCAGUUCACUGACAGAACAGCACAGACAGACAGACACAGUUAAAAUGGGUGAUUUAUUUGCAGUUGCUGUUUUGAGGCUAGUCUUCUGCAGAUAUGAUAACAACUUCAAUUACCACAUUGUAAAGAAAAGUGAAGUGGAUGAUUUUACCUUGAUCUUAAAAUAUAUGUAGAAUAUUCUUGAAUCUUAAAUUAAGACCAGAACAGUAAUGGUGUCUGAACAACCAAUGAGGUUUUCAAACAAAACCAUAACAGAUCAGGUUAGAACCAAACCCAUGUACAGAGAAAGAGACAACAUUCUCAGCGCUGUUUAAACCGCAGAUCCGUUCUGUAUACACAGCGUAUUGGGACAAUGGGAAUACAGUUCUGAGGAUUGGAGCGUCCGAGCUGACUCGCCCUGGGAGAGGAAACAAGCCAGUCAGUGGUGGAAUGUUUGUUGCUUCGCUGUGGACAUGGCUGUAUCUCCUGGAAUUAGUGUGAGGGACAGGGCUGUAUCUCCUGGAAUUAGUGCUGGACCUCCAGCUACAUGGAAUAAAAAUCACUUCUGCUUUUUUCACUGAAAAUGACUAUCUUCUUAUGUUCUGACUAAAUAGUUGCAAUCCGAGAGAGAGCACUAAUCUGAUAGAUGGUAAAGCCUGUCAUUUUCCUCCUUUCCAAAUAUUGUCAUAUAAUGUUGGAUACUGAACCUUUCAGCCUAAUAGGCUGAAUGAAAUACCAAAAUGUUUUUUGCUUCUUUUUCAAAUCCAUCUUUAUUAAGUCUAUUAUAAGACUAGUGAAUUGUGGGCUAAAAGAUAUCCUAAUAAAAUCUGAUCAAAUCUCA